AUGCUUAGCUCUACCCAGCGCAUUGUACCCACAUCAGCUCGAUGGGUCGAACCUAUCCCAUACUUAUAUUAUUUCGCCAUGGCUGCUAUAUCUCUCGCCAUGGUGAAAAUACGACUCGAGAUUGGAGGGUGUAUCGGGACCGGUAAGACAGCCAAGAGGCCCGAGUGUCUUGUUGCCUUCCUUGCCCUCAAAGUGGCUAACUGCAAUUUCAAUGAUAUACGGAGGGCUGGCCUAGGUAUGGGUCAGCUUGGAGGUCCAGAGUUGAUUCUGGCCAGAAAUACCAGCGAGAGAAAACCCAGAAUUAACCGGGUCAAGGAUGGAAAAACUUAG